AUGGCAAGUAAUAAUCCUAUAAUGGCAGCAGCACAUCAAAUAAAAGAAACAAUAUCAGAUGCAGUAAGUCGUCUUAAUGUUGGUGGAAAUCAUCAGAAUACAACAACAGCAGCAAAUAAUGAAAAUUCUAAUACACGUCAUCUUUCAUUGGAUACAUCGAAUAUGGCAAAAGUUUUAGUUAUUGGUGAAACGGGUAGUGGUAAAUCAACAUUUAUUAAUUAUUUAACAAAUUAUUUUCAUGGUGGAACAUUACAAAAUGUCAGAGUUGCUAUACCAUCAAAAUUUCGUUCAGUUAUUACAGAACAAUUUUCACAUUGUGAAAAUAAUGUACGUGAUACAACACAAUCUAAAACAGAUAUGUGUAAUCAAUAUAUUUAUGUUGAUACUGCAAGUCCUGCUCAAAGACAAUAUCUUUUUCUUGAUACACCUGGCUUAUCAGAUACACGUGGAGCUGAACAAGAUAAUAUAAAUAUGACUAAAAUUAUUGAUGGAGUUGAAUCAUUGGGUGGUUUAUCAGCUGUAAUUAUUGUUGUCAAUGGUACAACAGGACGACUUACAUUAAAUCUUCGUAAUGUUAUUGCACGUCUUCGUGGUAAUCUACCUGAUGUUGUUAUGGAUAAUGUUAUUGUUGUUUUAACGAAUGCUAAACGACAUGAAGCAAAUUUUAAUAUAUCAUCUCUUCAACUUCAUGGUACAGUUUAUCCAUAUUAUAUGCAAAAUUCUGCUUUUUCACAAGAUUCUAAUACCUGGGAUCAAGCAGCACUUGAUGCAUUACAAUUUGACUGGGAUGCAUCUAUGGAUGAAUUAAAACGAAUGAUUGAAACAAUUGAUACAUUUAAAAUUAAAUCUGUUACGGCAUUUAAAGAUAUGAAAGAUAUACGUAAUGCAAUAAAAGCAUUAAUGCAUGAAGCACGAUUAGAAGUUUCACAAAUACAAAAAAUGCAAGAUGAAUUAGCUGCAUUUGAACAUGCACUUAAACAAUAUAAAACAGAUGAAGUUACAUAUAAAGAUUAUACACGUGAACGAGUUGUUGAAACAAAAGAAUUAGUUGAUACAAAAUAUCAUUCUACUGUAUGUCGUAAAUGUGAUCAUGUUUGUCAUGAUAAAUGUGGUCUUCAUGAAACAACAACACAUGGAAAUCGUAUAUUUCAACGAUGUUGGGCUAUGUCAGCUGAAGGUCAAUGUUAUAUAUGUCCUUCACAUUGUCUUUAUACAGAACAUUAUCAUGCUCGUAAGACAAUGAAAGUUAAACAACAAAAAUUACAAGAUGUACUUCAUGAUAUUAAAUCAAAAUAUGAUAUGGCAACAAAAAGUACAAGUGAUUUUCAAUCACGUAUAACAACAACACAAGAUGCAAAACAAAUGUUAGAACGUGCAUUAAAACAAAAAUUAGAAGAAAUCAAACAUAAAUGUGCUGAACUAAGACGAAUAUGUAGUGGUUUUAAUUUAGCACAAGAAUUACAUGCACUUAUUGAUCAAUUGAAAGCUGAAGCAACUAUGUUAAGAAAUAUUGAAGCUAAACAACAAGCAGAAGAUUUUAUUCGUAGUUUAAGUGACUUUUGUCGACAAUUAGAAGCUGAUCAAGUUGCUAAACAAGUUUUACCACCAAUGCGUCUUGUUGAUACAUAUGCAUCAAAACCAUUUCGUUCAUCAAUAAUAACACCAUCAGGUUCAAAUACACCUAUACCUUCAACACCAAUAUCAUCAUCAUCAUCAGAAAAUACACCAAAUUUAAAUACAAGUGUACUUGAUUUAAUAACUAAAUUGAAUAAACCAAAAAAAACAUUGCCAACAGUAUCUGCUGAUGAUGAAGAAGAUGAUGAAGAAAAUAGUGGAAGUGAUGAAGAUAAUGAAAAUUCACGUGAAAUGCCACCAACAUCAUUACGUUCAAAUCGUAGUAGUCAUCAAAAUAAUAAUCAUGAUAAUAAUCAUGAUGAUGAAAAUAGUUCAAUUCAUAAUCGACGAAAACGACGUCAAUCAGCAGGAAAUAAUAAUAAUAAUAAUAAUACGAAUUCUUUACAACAACAAUAUGCUUCAUUGACAACAACAGAUCUUGUUCAACGAUAUACAGAUUGUAAAGAUACACGAAAAUCUAGUGCAAUUUUAACUGAAAUUAAUCGUCGUUCACAAGGAAAAUCAACAGGUCCACUUGUUUCACCUACUGAUAUUGGAACAUUUGCACGUUAUACACAAUUAUAUGGUUCACAAGAUGCACCAACAUUAAGCCAUUUAUAUUUACAACUUCAACAGAGAAUUUCAAAUAUGACUGAACCUGAUAUACUUAAUAUUGCUCGUGUGCCUAGUGACCUCUUACUUGAAAUUGCUGCUCUCUAUACACUUAUUGCACAAAAAAAUCAACAGCAACAACAACAACAAGGACAAAAUUUUGAAGGAAACUUUGCUAAUGAAUCUGCAUUUGAACGACCACCUGAUCAUAUUGCAUCUGCAAUGAUGAUGAAAAUGUCAACACCAGUUUCUCAAACACCUAUGAAUUAUUAUCCAUCAUCACCAUCUAAUCAUCAUCCAGGUGGAGCAACAAAUACUUUAUUUAAACCUAUUCAAACAACAAAUAUGAAUAAUAUGAAUGGUCAACCAACUCCUUUACAAACAUCAACCUUUUCACCACCAAUGCCACCUCCUCCUCCACCUCCACCACUUUCUACACAACCACAACAACCUCCACUUUCUUUUACAAGUUUUGCAGGUUUUCCUACGGAUAGUGUCAAUGCAAAUAGCAACUCUACGUAUCUUCAAUCACCAACACUACCACCACCACCUCCUCCACCUCCAUCUUCUUUUCAAUCAUCAUCAUCAUCAUCAACUACAACAAUACCAAUUACAACAACAAUUCUUUCUGAUCGAUCAGCAACUGGUUCACCAUUUACAUUUAUAUCUCCACCAUCAUCAAAUACAACUGAAUCAACUUAUGCAAUGGUGACACCAUCAAUAACAAAUAAAGAUGAUUAUACUAUGAUAAACAUAGCACCAUUGAAUAAUUCAAUAACUGACGAUGAUACAAUGAAUUCGAAUACAUUAAUCAAUGCAAGUAUAACACGUUUAUUAACAUUAUAUAGUGAUGCGAAAUCAUCAAAUAAAAAUGCACAAUUAUUUUCUAUUUAUCAUGAAUUAGAAAGUCGUUGUACAGGUGCUAAUUGUACUCAAUUAACAAAAGAUUAUCCAGCUGUAUAUGAAACAAAAUUAAAUGAACAUGCACAUAAAACAUUAUUAGAAUUAAAACAAAUUUAUUCGAAUAUUCAACAACAAAUACGUAUACGAACAAAUAAUGAUGCAACACAUAUUAAUGAUGUACCAAAAGAAUUAAUUCUUGAAUCUGCUGCUCUUCUAGCAACUAUUAAACAAAAAGACAUAUAG